AAUAAACAUAAAUAUAAAUCAAUAAACUGUUGAAACUAAAAAAGAAACAUUUCUAAUGGGAACUUGUGAUGCUAAAACCAAAUAAAAUGCAAAACUCUAAAUAAACCAAACUAAAGAAAAAUGUUUUAAACAACAAAAUGUAUUAACAAAGUAGCGCACAAAACCAAUAUCAAUUACUAAACUAAACUAAAACCAAAAACAGCAACAAACACAUACAAUAAGUAUAAUAAGUUGUAGAAGACAUGUACAUUUGUACGGUGAUAAAAAAGUCUAUACUCGUAAAAUUAACCAAAUAACACACAUUCCCAAAGAUUUGCAAAUGUAGGAUGAGAACAAAUCCUCUGAAGGACAAUUGUAUAAGUAAAGUGUGCCAAAAUCGAUUUAUACCCAGUACUCGCUUCUCGGUUUGUGUAGAUAUUCAUUCGUAUUCAUGAAUGCCGUUCAUUUGGAACCGAUAGUGCUCCUUUCAAUUGUUGUAUUAUUAGGUGUAGUUAUUGUUGUUAUUGAUUAAUAUACAUAAGUAUAUACACUUAUUUAAGAUAACCACAAAAAAAAACUAAGAAAACCGAAAAAACGAAAACAUCAAUUUAUACAUUCACAUACAAAACACCCCCUCGUACACACGUUAAGAUUAGCGCCCAAUAAUAAGAAAUCGCAAAGGCCUAACCGAGCGAGAGGGAUUGCGACGACGUCAACGAGGACGAACGAGGCAAAGCCGGGCUGACAGCAGGGCAGCCGCAAGCUGACUUCAACCGUAAAAAGUGGGUUGAUUCGUGUGCGAAAUUGAGUGUUGAAUGUGAAAGCUCCGCACUCGCUGGCUGGAGUCCUGUAAUACGCGAGAAACCGCACGGAAAUAAAAUAUUAUAAGGCGAAAGAAAAACAGCUGAAGUAAAAUAAAACAAGUCACACGAAAAGAGGAUUACGCUAAUCCAUUGGUGAUGAUGUUGACGUGUACAACGCCUACACGGAGCAACAGUGUAACCGCCCUCGAGCAGCAGCCAACCUUUCUGGCGCUAAAACAAUACCAAGAGCAACAGCAGCAGCAACAGCAACGUCAGCAGCAGCAACAGUUAACGUCGCCGCAAUAGCAACAGGAGUUCGAUCAGCUAAGAGUUUUUCGCGCGGAGCUUGGCGCCGCAUACAUAGUACCCACAGUGCCAAGUGUUGGAAGGUGGUCGCAACCGUUUAGCAGUUAGUAGAAUUGACAGCUGAUAGGUCGUUGACAAAGCCAACUUACGAGGGACGCUGCGGUGAUUACGAACAACGAACCAAGUGCAGCGGUGCUCGUCUCGUUCGCAAAGCUCAUACACUGUGGCACCGGUGGAAUUGGCUGUGACGGCUGAAAGUGUGCAACAAGGACGUGACGUGACGUCGUUAUCGUUAUAAGGACCGACGGACGGACGUGUCUGUGUGUGUGCUGUGCGCGUACGAACAAAUUGCGCCGUUCGGUACUAAAUAAACAUUUACUCGAGGCAAUCAUCUCCACCGCCACCGCACAGACUACAAUGCUCUGGUAGCCAAGAUAGUUUUGCCGUGGAUCACUAUUGCGGCAGCAGCAGCGGUGAUACGCCACACGCAGUGAAUAGUGUACUUGGAGUUGGUGGGGCGGCUGGUAUAAGUGGCUCAGGCAGCGGUGUUAGUGGCGGAGUCGGCGGUGUUUGCAGUCAAUGCUCAUCAACGGCGGCAGCGGCGUCAGCAGCAGCUGCGGCUGUAGCUGCAGCGGGGACAACAUCGUGCGGUGGCGGUGGCAGCGGCGUUGGCGGCAACAACAUCAACCACAACAACAGCGGAGUUGGCGCUUGUUAUUGCAGCAACACGAUGUGUCAUCAUGUAUCCGGUGGCAUGCCGAUGGGCGUACCACCACCACCACAACCGCCACAUGCGAUGAUGUCCGGUGGCGGCGGCGUCGGUGGCAUCGGCGUCGGCAGCGAUAUGCGCAAUCCAUUGCACAGCAGCAGCAGCUUACUGGGCUCACAUUUGUCGCUUGGCGGAAUGAGCAUAGGCGGCGGCGGCGGUGGCGGCGGCGGCGGUGUUGGUCUCUACGGUUGUGAUACGAUCAUCUCAGGUCCCAGCCAUUGUCGCAGUCUAAGCGGUUUGAGUAGUCUGAGUAUCGGACCGCCAGCACCACCAGUGCCGCCUCCACCCCUCUUCAAUCCAUGUAGUUCAAAUAGUUUUAAUUCGAUACAAUCGAUGCAGGGGCCAAGCUCCUCACGCUGGGGACCGCGUACAUCAUGCCCGAUUCACAGUCCGUUUCGUGUGCGCGCACCCAACGGUUCAAUAUGCUCUGGACAUCAGGCUUUGCUACACACUCACGAUGUUGUUGCCCGAGACGUUUACGGUGAGGAGGCACUGCGCGUCACACCGCCACCAAUGGUACCCUACAUUAAUGGCGACGAAAUCGAUAAUGUGGACAACGGCGAAUUGCAGCACGUAACCCGAGUGCGUUUAGUGCAAUUCCAGAAGAACACCGAUGAACCAAUGGGCAUAACGUUAAAAAUGACCGAAGAUGGACGUUGUAUUGUGGCUAGAAUAAUGCAUGGUGGCAUGAUACACCGUCAGGCAACGCUGCAUGUUGGCGACGAGAUACGGGAAAUUAAUGGUCAGCCUGUUCAACAUCAAUCUGUGGGCCAAUUACAACGCAUGCUGCGUGAAGCGCGUGGUUCGGUUACCUUUAAAAUAGUUCCUUCUUAUAGAAGUGCUCCGCCACCCUGUGAGCUUUUCAGGAUAAGACCAACUCCAGUACUUAUAUUUGUGCGUGCACAAUUCGAUUAUAAUCCUUUAGAUGAUGAGCUUAUACCAUGUGCUCAGGCAGGCAUCGCAUUCCAAGUCGGUGAUAUUUUACAGAUUAUAAGCAAAGACGACCAUCAUUGGUGGCAGGCCCGAUUAGACACGGUCGGUGGUUCGGCCGGUUUGAUACCGUCGCCGGAGCUGCAGGAGUGGCGUAUCGCAUGUAAUGUUGCGGAUAAGACCAAACAGGAACAAGUAAAUUGUUCGAUCUUCGGGCGUAAGAAGAAACAAUGUCGCGACAAAUACUUAGCUAAACACAAUGCCAUAUUUGACAACUUGGAUGUGGUGACAUAUGAAGAGGUUGUAAAAGUGCCAGUCGGUGAUCCAAACUUUCAACGGAAAACGUUGGUUUUGCUUGGUGCGCAUGGUGUGGGUCGCCGUCACAUUAAGAAUACACUAAUUUCCAAGUAUCCCGAUAAAUAUGCAUACCCCAUACCACAUACAACGAGACCUGCAAAACCGGAGGAGGAGAGUGGACGCAGCUAUUACUUUGUAUCGCACGACGAGAUGAUGGCCGACAUUGCUGCGAAUGAGUAUUUGGAGUAUGGUACUCAUGAGGACGCCAUGUACGGCACCAAACUGGACACCAUACGUCGCAUACAUACCGAAGGUAAAAUGGCCAUAUUGGACGUUGAGCCACAGGCGUUGAAGAUUCUGCGCACUGCAGAAUUUACACCCUAUGUCGUGUUUAUUGCGGCGCCAUCAUUACAAAAUAUCGCCGAUUACGAUGGCAGUUUGGAGCGUUUGGCAAAAGAGUCCGAUAUGUUACGUCAAUUGUAUGGACACUUUUUCGAUUUGACGAUCGUAAACAACGAUAUAAGCGAGACAAUUGCCACGCUGGAAGCGGCCAUCGAGCGUGUACACACCACACCACAAUGGGUGCCAGUUUCAUGGCUAUACUGACAAGACAGUGAGCUUGAGUGUCCCGACUGCUUAGAGGGCUGUGACUGUGAAUGGGAAGCAUACGCAGCCGGUGCCCAACAACCAAAUACGGGCCUCUUCUGAACUAUUAAAACAAACAAUAGUAAAUCUAAUAAAAAAGCACCGUUAAAGAACAUCACUUGGGGAAAUCAACUUACAUAUAUACACACGCGUAUACCGAGGAAUGAUUAUUAAAUAAGAAUUAAGGCAAGACGCAUCAGUAAAAAAAACGCAAAUGAAAAAGUGCAGAAAAAAGAAAACAUAAAGACAUAUUUACUUGCAGCAGUGCACAAAGUGACACAA